AUGGAACAUAAUGAACACGUCCUUGCACCUUACAAUCAAAUUCUUGGCACUGCUUCAAUAAAUGUGCCAGCCUAUUCUAAUACAGAUGAUGGAGUCUUUCAUAUUGGACGUCAUUAUAUGCAUGGAGUCUUUCUUGGAGUUAAAUGGCAAUGUGUUGAAUAUGCACGUCGAUGGUUAUUAUUAAGAAAAAGUUGUAUUUUUAAAAAUAUUCGUUUUGCAGCAGAUAUUUGGGAGUCAUUAACUUCUGUUGAACGUGUAACUGAUGGAAAACAUUUUCCUCUAAAACCUCAUCCAAAUGGUUCUCCGACAUUACCAAAAAUUGAUACAUUUCUUAUUUAUGCUAUUAGUACCGAACAACCCGUUGGUCAUAUUGCUGUUAUUUGUGAUGUUGGACCAAAUUAUAUCCGUAUAGCUGAACAGAAUAAUAAAUUUCAUUAUUGGAAUGGUGAAUAUGCUCGAGAAAUUCCCAUGAUACAAAAAGAUGGUUUAUAUUAUCUUGAAGAUGAAGAUAUAAUUUAUGGAUGGAUGGAAAUUGAAGACGAAAAUAAUGAAUUAAAGCCAUUAGAUGAAUCCGUAAUAAAUACUAUUCAUCCUCAAUAUCGAGAACGUCUUCCAAUAGGUAAACUUGAACGUUGUAUUAUUCCACAAAAGAAUGAUGGUAUAAAACGUUCAUGGUUAAAUGAAGAUGAUAAAACUGAAAAAUAUUUUAUCGAACAUUUCAGUGAAGAUUUUCAACGAGCAAAUAAUUUUUCCAAUAAUUUGUUAUAUUAUAAAAUGAAUAUAGAUUUUAUGUUUACGAUUUCUGAAGCAUCGAAUGAAUUACAUCAAAUGUUUUUAAAAGCAACAAAUCAUGUUAUUCAUAAUGAUGAACUUUUAAAACGUUUUGGAAUACCGGAAAUAUUUUGGAAUCGAAUUCGUCAUUCAUGGAAUAAUGAUCAACAUUUAACGAUGACUGGUCGUUUAGAUCUUGGAUUUGAUAGAAAUCAAGUUAAAGUAUUGGAAUAUAAUGCUGAUACUGCGUCGACAUUAUUUGAAUGUGUUGUUAUACAGAAAAAAUGGGCAGAAGCAGUUGAAUUACCAUCUAAUUUUACGUCAGGACGACGAUUACAUUCGAUUCUAGUUGGUAAUUGGAAAAAUAUGAAAAUUAACACUCGAAUACAUUUAUUAAUUGAUGAUAACAAAGAUGAUAUGCUUACCGCUCUUUAUAUGCAAAAUGUAUUGAAAGAAGCUAAUAUAGAAUCUAAACUUUAUAUUGGAACUGAUCAAUUAUUUUGGAAAGAUGGUUUUAUUGUUGAUAACGAUGAUGAAAGAGUACAAUUUGUUUGGAAAUUAUGGAAGUGGGAUAGUAUUAUUCAUGAUGAUCAUGUCAUUGAACAAUCCGAUAAAGAGAAGUAUCAUAAUGGUGAACAUCCACGAAUUAUUGAUAUAUUAUUACAUGAUGAUAUUAAAGUUAUUGAACCUUUAUGGAAAGUAAUUACUAGUAGUAAAGCACUUCUACCUGUUCUAUGGGAGAUGUAUCCAAAUCAUCCGAAUUUACUUCGUAGUGAAUGGAAUCUAACUGAUGAACUCAAAGAAACAUCAUUCGUUAAAAAAUUAAUUUCCCAUCGUCCUGGUGAUGAUAGUAUUUAUCAAGAAGUUUGGCCAUCGGAAAAUUCUAAUGAAUAUCAUCCUGUGAUCGGUAGUUGGAUUAUUCGUGAGAAUUUUGGUGGAUUUGUUGUACGUGAAGAUCAAAAUUUAAUUAAGAAUAAAAACAGUUCAGUAGUACCUUGUUGUAUUGUUUGGGAAGAAGAAAAAUAA